AUGACUGUGACCAACAGCCGCAAUGGGAACCCCUCCAUAACCACCCUCCAUAGGGCUGAAGAAGUAAACGAUCUCAUCGAUGCUGUGAAGGGUCUCAUUGUCCCUUACAUCAAGGCUGCCGAUGACGCCGCAGCAGAGCGUGCCACGGGGAAUAUUCACCCCAGUCCAGCUGGUGUCAAGAAUAAUGUCCUGGUAGACUUUCAAAAACCACAGGAGCUUGCUCAACGACUCAAGUUUUCCUUGCCAAAUUCGGGUCAAGGUAAGGAGGGGCUGUUGGAGAUUAUCCAGCAAGUCCUUCAGAACAGUGUCAAUACUUGGGACCAGGGCUUCCUUGAUAAACUAUAUGCAAGCACGAACGCAGUCGGUGUGGUGUCAGACAUGGUACUUUCAGUGCUAAACACCAAUCUCCAUGUGUUCCAAGUUUCUCCCGCCCUCACCGUCGUUGAAAAAACCACAGCAAAGACCCUGGCACACUUGUUUGGUUUCACUGGAUCAAGAGCAGGGGGCAUCUCCUGUCAGGGAGGAAGCGCCUCAAACUUGACGUCCCUUGUCGUUGCCCGGAAUACUUUGUUCCCAGAAUGCAGAGCUUCAGGCAAUGGUAACCACGAUUUAGUCGUCUUUACAAGUGCUCAUGGGCAUUACUCGGUUGAAAAGAGUGCCAUGAUCUGUGGUCUUGGUUCGAACAGUGUCUGGCCUGUUCCUGUGGAUGAGUUUGGAUGCAUGAGGCCGGAUGCCCUGAGGGAGCUGGCCAUCCGUGCCAGGAAUGAAGGCAAGACACCCUUUUAUGUGAACUCGACGGCUGGAACCACUGUCAUGGGCUCAUAUGAGCCAUUCGAGGAGAUUUCCAAGAUUUGCAAGGAGUUUGGCCUCUGGAUGCAUAUCGAUGCAAGCUGGGGAGGCCCUGCUAUCUUCUCGUCGAAACAAAAGCAUAAGCUCAAUGGCGCCCAUCUAGCCGAUUCAUUGACAGUGAACCCUCAUAAGAUGAUGAACGUUCCUGUCACAUGCUCAUUCCUCCUCGGACCAGAUAUGAACAUUUUCAACAGGGCCAACCGCACCGCCGCAGGCUAUUUGUUCCAUACCAGCGAUGGCGAUGAUAUCUGGGAUCUUGCAGAUCUAACCCUGCAGUGCGGUCGCCGCGGUGACAGUCUUAAGCUUGCUUUGGCCUGGAUAUACUAUGGUGCUGCAGGUUUUGAGAAGCAGAUCGACCACGCCUUCGAGCAGGCUGGAUACCUUGCCAGUCUCAUCAAACAGAGUGACAAUUUUGUGCUUGUAUCGCAGGACCCUCCCCCUUGUUUGCAAGUUUGCUUCUAUUACUCCCCCGAGAGAAAUCUGUCUCAUAACAAAGAGGAGAACACGCUCCGAACCAAGACUAUGGUUGAGAAGAUGAUCCUCAGAGGCUACAUGGUUGAUUAUGCCCCUGGUCCAAAUGGCAGCUUCUUCCGUGUUGUGGUCAACUGCCAAACUCUGCCAGGGACAGUCGAGGGCCUUGUUAAGGCUCUUGAGGAAGUUGGACGGCAAUAG